UGACGAACAUGUCACAAUAGAGAACACUUGGAAACGAUGUUUUCUACUGGGUUCAACCCGAUGUUAUGUAGCUAAAGCAUCCAGCCAGUUGAAAGUUGCAUUCGAGAGUGUGAAAACAGUUUGAGUCAUGGGUUAGGUGCAAGACAGCCGCCAUUUCAUAAUGAUGUGAGAAGCAGAGAAGAGAACAUUGGAUCCAUUACUGAGCAACAACUAAUGAAGACAAACUGAGAAGACUUAGUGUGUGCUGUAGGGAAUUGUAGAGUGUGUAAAUUAGCGAGAGUGCUAUAAUUAUACAAUUAUGUAAUUACGAUUUAUAAGAGUCCAGUAAAUGCAGUUACCAAUCCAAACCCUGAGUCUAGUCUCUAAACACGUGACAAUAUUCAUAAUGCUGUCCAUGCAGAUCAAUAUAUGUACAUUUGUGUUUGUAUCCAUAGGCAUUUCUAUUGAAUGAAGAAGUAGCAAGUGCAGCAACCCAAGAGGGAAGUUGUUGGAAAAUUACGACAACGUUGGAGGGUAGUAACAAACAGUGUGAGUGCAGAUGCAGCUUAAAUGAUACUGAAUUGGUGAAGGACCCUGUGAAUACCAAGAUCUCAGACAAAAUUACAACUGUUGAUACAGUGGACAGGCUACGUGAGAAGAUAGGAGGUCCCACAAGCAAGAAGGGCAUUGUGAUUAUAAAUGUGACAGCCAGUGGAUGGAGGACUUGCCUAAGAACACACUGACAGAAUUGAAUCUGGAUGUGAGACCCAGAGAACUUAUGGCUGUUGUCGGACCUGUCAGCUCAGGGAAGACAUCACUGCUGAAGGAACUUCCCCUCAACAGUGGCUCCAUCUCUGUGGAUGGAUCAGUAUCAUAUGCAUCACAGGAGCCCUGGCUGUUCACAGGUUCUGUACAGCAGAACAUCCUGUUUGGGCACCCCAUGGACAGGAACCAGUACAGACAAGUGGUCAGAGUCUGUGCUCUUGAACGCGACUUCCAGCUGCUACCCCACGGUGACAGGACCAUUGUGGGGGAGAGGGGUGUCACCCUGAGUGGUGGGCAGAGGGCGAGGUUCAGCCUGGCCAGGUGAGGGUCCAUGCUCUUGAAUGGAACUUUGAGCUGCUGCCCCAUGGUGACAGGACCAUUGUGGGGGAGAAGGGUGUUACCCUGAGUGGUGGACAGAGGGCAAGGAUGAGCCUGGCAAGGUGAGUAUUUGUGCUCUUGAACGGAACUUCGAGCUGCUCUCCCAUGGUGACAGGACCAUUGUGGGCUAGAGGGGUGUCACCCUGAGUGGUGGACAGAGGGCAAGGAUCAGCCUGGCAAGGUGAGUAUUUGCGCUCUUGAACAGAACUUCGAACUGCUGUCCCAUGGUGACAGGACCAUUGUGGGCUAGAGGGGUGUCACCCUGAGUGGUGGACAGAGGGCGAGGAUCAGCCUGGCAAGGUAAGUGUCUGUGCUCUUGAACGGAACUUUGAGCUGCUGCCCCAUGGUGACAGGACCAUUGUGGGCUAGAGGGGUGUCACCCUGAGUGGUGGACAGAGGGCAAGGAUCAGCCUGGCAAGGUGAGUAUUUGUGCUCUUGACCGGAACUUCGAGCUGCUGUCCCAUGGUGACAGGACCAUUGUGGGGGAGAAGGGUGUUACCCUGAGUGGUGGACAGAAGGUGAGGAUCAGCCUGGCAAGGUGAGUGUCUGUGCUCUUGAAAGGGACUUGCAGUUGUUGUCCCAUGGUGACAGGACCAUUGGGGGAGAGAAGGGUGUUACCCUGAGUGGUGGACAGAGGGCAAGGAUCAGCCUGGCAAGGUGAGUGUCUGUGCUCUUGAAAGGGACUUGCAGUUGUCCCAUGGUGACAAGACCAUUGUGGGGGAGAAGGUUGUCACUCUGAUUCACGUUGCUAAGGUUAGCGAUGUGAGAAAUGUUUCCUGUGAUUGAUUGCUAGGAAUAUAUAAAGUUCAGAAACUUUUCUGAUAUUCCUGCACAGGAAAGAGAGUGUUUUAUAUUUGUGUCUGCGUUUUUCUGUUCUUGAGUCAUUAAUGAAUAAAGAGGAAAAGUAUAAUUCUAUACCCCAAAUGGAAUUGCAUACAUUUUCAGUUGUUAUUUUGUGUGCGUCAUUGAUCUUGUUGCGUGCCUGGUGCUGAUUUAUUUUUUCCAUCAGAACAGUUAAUAGUUAUUUUUUCAUUGUUUAUAAAAGUGCAUUGUUAGUGGAUUGAAUUUUGUAUUGGAUACUCUGCUUUGCUUCUCUUUGCCCUUUGGUUGCUGUAUCCUGUCAGUGUUCAUAUGACAUCAUAUAAAUUAUGAAUGAAUAUUCUUCUUCU